AUUUAUGUUUGGAAGUGUUUUGAUGGGAUUGUUUGCUGCGGCAACGGUUCCCUUGUGUAUUCGGAGGUGCUGGUUGCAUGCACGCAUGAUAGCUCUUGAUCUUCUGUUGAACCUUGAUGACGAUUGACAGAUUAAAUCCGUGAAUCAGAUUUGCUGGGCUUAUACUGCUCUGUGUUAACACUGUCACAUUGCAGUCACAACAUCAAGAGGAUGCCAGGAACUAGACCUUUUUGCCGUUACAGACAGGUUUUGAUCUGAUCUGAAUUUGAUAUACAAGUUACAAAUAAACAAAUUUUUAUAUUUUUACCCAAAAGAAAUCUGUGCCACUCUCAUCCCUUCAGGAAUUUCACCAAAAGAGAGACGUCUUUGUUUUGCAUUCCUUCACCCCGCCUUUUCCUCAAACGGGUUAACAUGAGUUUACUGCUUCACUUAGUAACAGCGUGUUGUAUUUUGCGCUUUUGGCCUGAGACUCGUGGUUAUUUAUAAGAUGGAGGUCUUUCACAUUCUUUACCCCUCUGCCUCUUUUCCGUCCUCUGUCCUGGGCAGAGAGCAGCUGAAGUUCUCAUAGCGUUGGAAAUAAGGAGCAGACGCCCAACUUGUGUGCCAGACCUCCUCCCCGUUCCAACCCUUUGUGUUUUUAUGUGGUCCUUCCCCAUUAAAUGCCUGAAAACCGGUAGUUUUCUAAAAAUAGAAAGCAGCACAGCUAAAAAUAGCUCCGGCCCGGCAGUCGUGCCAAGGAAAAUGGAGAAGAAUAGGCGUGGAGUGCUGGAGAGAGAGAGAGAGAGAGGACAGCCGCGCUUGUUUUUUUUCUUCCCCCCACUCCAUUUUCCCUCCAUGAAAAACUGACCACAGACGGCGGCGUACUUCAAUAAAGCUUAAAUCAAACUUGUUAGGAUGCCGUUUUCACACUUUUAAGAGAGGAGUUCUUCUGAUUACGUGACUUCUCGUGGCAUGCUCCUCUGCACUUCGCAGACUGUUUCUGUCGGCUUAUAUCUGCCAUCUGUUCAGCUAUGUAAACUUGAAAACAUGGUGUGAAAUUCGAGCAUGCAGUGACCUCAGCCCACAUUUGGGUCAUUGUUCUGAUCCGCUCAUGCUUAGAGUUUGAAACGCAGUAUUUACUGCCCUGUUUUCUUCAUCCUCGAUUGAACGACAUCAGAGGGCGGUUUUACAUUCCACGAUUAAUCUGAACCUUGUUGCGUGAGUCAGGUUUUCCAAGACCCAACGGCGAGCCAGCGCAGCACAAAAUGCUUCGCUUUUACCAAGACUCUAUUCUUUCUGAGAGUGCUAAUUGUUAGCUGGUCACAAUAAGCCCAUUUCCAGAUAGGCUACCCUUGAUAAGGAGUUUCAGAGACAAAAGCUGUUAAUUGACGGCGAGGGAUGAAUGCUUUAUUUCUCACUGGUGUUGCAACUGAUCGUAGAUCGUAAGGUCGGCCGUUACUGUGGCAUGUGAGGCCAGCGGGGUAAAACCUCACUCCCCUGUUCUCAGGAGGUGCUGUAGUGACUGACAUGGCCUUUAGCCUCCUUCUUAGAGCGUCCGCCUCCCACGCCGGAGACCGCGGUUCGAAUCCCGCUCGGAGCGGGGCGAGUAGGACCGCAACACAUGCAACGUGUCAGUCUGGUGACUGAGAGCCCAUUAUUGGGCUACAGUGAGGGGCUUUGUGUUCAUAAAAGACUUGAUCAGUAAUAAUUUAACAUGAAUACGCAUACUGUCCUCUAUAGAUGCUGCAAUGGAAAAACAAGGCUUCUGAGAGGUCACAGGACAACAAAUGUAAAGAGAUGACAUGCUUGUAUGUGAUAAUGUGCGAUUAUUUACAGAGGGAAUUCAUUAAAAUUCAUAAACGUGGUCCUGCUUGACCUCGGGAAUGAUUCUGGUGAGGAAUUCUUGCUGCAAAGAAGUCGGGAGGUGUCGUUUUCCGGGAGCUGACAAUCAAACCACCCAAGAACACCGGGGAGCACAGAACGUUCGCUUUUUCGAGCCCAACUCUGUUUCAGGACACUCUUCCGCUUCCUCGCGGUCGGAUUGGAUAUCCACCGGGCCGGUUACUGUCGUAAUUACGCUCUCAAGUGCGUUUAAUACCAAACACGCGGCGCUCAACUCGUGGCAGUAAAAGAGAGGGCCUUUGAUUCGUUAUUAUAGGGUACUGAGAGCAUCAAAGGAGGUAAAUUACCCAGAGGUCCCCAAUGUGGCAUUUUCCAAACGUUGCCCAGCUGCUGUGGUCGGAGCAGCUGGUGGAAAGAGCCCUGGAGGAGGGCCAGACAGCGCCACGCAUUGGCCAAUGUGACCUGCCGCAGGAACGGGGGCGUCCCCGCUGGCUCACCCGUACGGCUCUAAUAGGAUUCCGCCUCUUUGACGGUCGGAAUCAGUACGGCUUUCGUUUUUCCACCCCGAUCCAUCUGCUUUUGAUAAACCCAGCUUGAUACACCAGUGUUUAGGCAGCACAAAUCGAGUCUUAUUUGGGCUUUUUCUGUGAACUGAUAAUGUGCCUUUUCCUUUCGCUUCAACAUGCGUUUCUGUUACAAUAGCUGCUGCACUUGUCUGUGCACGGUGUCGUGCUGCCAGUUUGUGUGACUCACUGUGUAAAUCAACAACUUUCCACGCAGGCAAACAUGACACACGCACACAUGUACGUCUGAAGAGGUGGAAGAAGUUCUUAGUCGAAUAUCCCUACUGACACGUGAGACAAUAAGGCGACAUUUCCUUCAACCGAGCUGCCUUUUUGUGGUCACAUGCUCUGUUUGAUUGCUUUUUUGGGUGUCUUGGAUGUGGUCCUUGUUGCUGUUGACAGGCAAAAUGCAGUGCCACCUUGGCGUGUGUGCAUGUUCCUUAAAGGAAAGACAUCUUUAAUGUAUCGAUUGCGGUGGAGCUAGAGAUUUUUGCAUGUUUCCUGCAUCUCAUGUUGUUGAGCUCUAUGCUCUUACUGUGUUUUAACAUUUUUAUGUUCCUCAAGAAAAACAUCUGAUAUUUAAAUGAAGCAUGAGAGCUAUGAAAGAACACCUCUUGAGCAAUACACUCUUACUGCAUGUCAGGAAUCGUCUCAUUUGUUUCUAAUAUAGUUUUGUCUCUUUAGGCGUUUAGGAGAAACGUCUUAUUCGGAAAUGAGUCUCCUAUAAGUAAUAUAUUCUUACUGCAUGUUAACAAUUACCUCUUUUUUUUCAUUUUUGAGGAGAAACAUCUAAGACAAACGUGAUACUUUAACAUAAAACUCCAUUAAGUCUCUUGAGACUUGAAAUGAAAGAGCAACCCAUGAGCAACAUAUUCUUACUGUAUGUCAACAAUUAUGAAUAGAUUUCUUACUUUUUCCUCAAGGCACUUGAUAAGAAACAUCUGAGACCUAGAUAUACUGUAAUUGAGAGCUCUCUUGAUUUAAAGAGCGACCUAUGAGCAAUAUAGUAGGCCUAUGUCAAUAAAUCUCUUUCUGGUUUCUCUUAAGGCACUUGAGUUGAAGAUGAUACUUAAAUGAAGCAUAACUGAGAGUUAUGAAGGAGCAAACUCUAAGCAACACAUUACAAAUAUAUGUCAUUUGUCUCAUUUUUAAAAAUAUUUUUAUAUAUCCUUUUGUGUAUCCAUUUUAUGAGAAACAUCUGAGACGGCAUUGAUCCUGGAAUAAAAAUAAGAACUCAUGAAGUCUCCUGAGCAAUGAAAGAACAACAGUAAGCAUUAUAAACAUGUAGAUCUGAGGAGAAACCUCGGCAACAAAAAGUUGAGAUUUAAAGGAGAUCUGAAUGAGAACUCCAUGAAGUCUCAGUCCCGAGCGAUGAUUGAGCAACCUACUCUGAGGAAGAAGGGUCUAAACGGCUGUGACAGUCCUGAUAUUGAUGCUGAAGAUUCAGGCCACAGUCCAGAAUCUGAGGACAAAUAUCGUAAAAUCAACGAGGACAUUGACCUGAUGAUCAGCAGGCAGAGACUGUGUGCCAUCCCCCAGUCUAAUUAUGACAUGCCCGUCUCAAUCCCUGUGAGCAACCCCAACAGCCUGAUCUACAGCCACCCGGGAGCGUCCCUGGGCAACCCCAACAUGCUGCCGCUGGCCCACCCCUCCCUCCAGAGGAACAGCAUGUCCCCUGGAGUGACCCACCGGCCCCCGAGUGCAGGCAACACAGGUGGUCUUAUGGGUCCAGACCUCAGCAGCGGAGUGGGCACCAGCGCUGGAAACGGGUAUGGAAACCACCGCAACUCCCCUGGUCUGCUGGUCUCUCCGGGGAGCAUGAGCAAGAACAUGCAGGGCAAAUCUCCUCCGCCCAUGACCAUGACCAUGAGCAACCGCAAGCCAGACCUGCGCGUCCUCAUCCCUCCCGGCUCAAAGAACACCAUGCCCUCCAUCAACCAGAGAAUAAACAACUCCCAGUCGGCCCAGUCUCUGAGCACACCGGUGGUGUCUGUAGCCACGCCCACUCUGCCAGGACAGGGAAUGGGCGGCUACCCAUCAGCCAUCUCUACCUCAUACGGUACAGAAUAUUCUCUCAGCAGUGGAGACCUGUCCUCUCUGACCGGUUUUAACAGCUCGGCUUCUCUUCAUCUGGGUUCGAUGACCGGAUGGCCACAAAACAUGCAGCAUUCUGGUCUUGGACAUCUAGGGAACUGCACCAGCACGCCGUUGUGUCAGAGCUCCACCCUCUCGCUGCCGUCCAAUCAGAGCCUGCACAUCAAGUCCGAACCAGUGUCUCCUCCCCGAGACCGGGCCGGAGGCACCCCGGGCGGCUACGCCCAGCCUCCGCUCCCUCCUCCGCCCCAGCAGCAGCCGGCGUCUCAGCAGGGUCAGCUGCGGCUGGACGCGGGCCGCUCUCCGGUCGACAGCCUGAGCAGCUGCGGCAGCUCGUACGAGGGCAGCGACCGCGAGGAGCACCGGGUCGACUUCCACUCGCCCAUGGGACUGCUGAGACCCUCUCCGGACGAGCGGCAGAGCCCGUCUGUCAAGCGCAUGCGUCUGUCCGAGGGCUGGGCCUCGUGAUCGCGGACGGCUUUUCUAUGCAAAGAUUUCACUUUAGUAUUAUUCUAUUUGUUUCUGCGGAGUGCGAGUGCUACAUCAAGUAUUAAAAUUGAUAUAUAUAUAUGAUAAACGGGGCGGGUGGGUGUGUUUGUGAUUUGGGGUCGGGGGCAUGGGACAUGCAUUGCUUGUGCCACGUGUGGGGAAAACUCAAAAGACAAAAAAAACAAAUGAUACAUGCAGUUUAUGCAGUGUAUACAAGCAUACAGGAUUAAAAAGAGAAGUCUGGUACUCUUGUUUGGUAAAGCUACUUUUUAGUUUCAGUAAUAUAUUAUGCAUAAUUAAACUAUUAAUAGAGGCAUUGACGUGUCUCAGGGCUCGUACAAGUAAUAUUCCCGUACAGACCGGGGCCUUACGCUCACCGUCAAUGCUCACUUGCAAAUGUAUGUUAUCACAAGACGUUGUUGUGUUGCAGGUUCAACGUAUUUAUGUAAAUAGAGAACAAUGAGGCUUUUGGGUAAAUGAGCCUGCCAGGAUUUGCAGGCUUCUUUUACGAUUAACGGAGUGAGAGAGAAAGCCAUCACGCACCAUUUGAAGACUAGCACGGGCCCGGGGCUGAGGAAUGUACGAAAUGGAAUCGGGAAGGCUUCCAAAUACACAAAUUCUCUUGUAAAUGUUGUUGAUAUUUCAGAGCCGUGUUAACAACGUUAAAGUUCUCCUGGCCAUGUAUUGCCUAUCCCCGGUGGAAGAGAUGUACAAUACAUUUUGCGUAUAUUUUCAUAAAAAUGCAGAGCAUUUGUUGCUACCUGUUGACCACAUGAGUCAGAAUGUGAUUUCAAGCUUUGCCGAUGUUGAACAGAAAGGUAAAGCAGUGUGAGCUCCAAAAAUAAAGCCAUAUAAACAAUUUCA